AAUUGCAAAACAACUUGUCAUCCAAUAAACAUAAACUAACCCAGCUAACCACAAGAUGGCCAAGAAAUCAAUUCGUACUAUGGUGAAGUUAAUCUCAUCUGCGAAGACAGGAUAUGAAAAAUGGUUUAAUAUAAAAAGAUCCUCCCCUGAUUUAAAUCUUAUAUUAUAUGAUCCUCGAGCUCAAAGACAUUGUUUAUUCACUGAAGCUAAAAAGAGAAAGAUUGCCCAUGUUACUCCUAAGGAUUUUACGAGACUGCAUCGUGUAUAGUUGGGAGUUAUUAUUAGUUCGUGUACAUAGAAAUGAGUUAUAGAUGACGCAUAAUAAAUAAUGAUUAUUUUACAUUC